UUGUGCGCUUGGAGAACAAGACUGUUGAAGAAGAUCCUUAUUUGAAAAAGAGAACAAGGAUGCGUAGGUGGCUGUGCUGCACUUGUCAUGUAGAGGAGUCUUAUCAACAGAACGAAAAUGAGCACCUCAAAAGCCCAAGGAAUAAUGCUGAUGGGCACCAAAGAGGCUCUAAGACAUCGGCUCCAGUGAAACCCGAAGUUCAGAGGGCUGUACCUCCCAUCGAGGUGCCUUCUUUGUCUCUUGAGGAACUGAAAGAGAAAACCGAAAACUUCGGGUCAAAGGCAUUAAUUGGUGAAGGAUCGUACGGGAGAGUAUACUUUGCACAAUUGAGUGAUGGAAAAGAGGUUGCUGUCAAGAAACUUGAUGUGUCAUCUGAGCCUGAUUCAAAUGUUGAGUUCUUGACACAGGUUUCCAUGGUGUCAAGAUUGAAGCAUGACAAUCUUGUUGAAUUGCUUGGUUACUGUGUAGAUGGCAGUCUCCGUGUCUUGGCUUAUGAGUUUGCCACCAUGGGAUCUCUACAUGACAUUUUGCACGGAAGGAAAGGAGUACAAGGGGCACAACCUGGUCCUGUACUUGACUGGAUGCAACGGGUGAAAAUUGCUGUUGAUGCUGCGAGGGGACUGGAAUAUUUGCACGAAAAGUCUCAGCCUUCAAUGAUUCACAGAGAUAUCAGAUCCAGUAAUGUACUUUUGUUUGAAGACUACAAAGCCAAAAUUGCAGAUUUUAACCUUUCAAAUCAGGCUCCUGACAUGGCUGCCCGCCUCCACUCUACUCGUGUGCUUGGAACCUUUGGUUAUCAUGCUCCAGAAUAUGCAAUGACAGGGCAAUUGACACAGAAGAGUGAUGUUUAUAGCUUUGGAGUUGUUCUGCUUGAGCUCCUUACUGGAAGGAAGCCUGUUGAUCAUACCAUGCCUCGUGGUCAACAGAGUCUUGUUACUUGGGCUACUCCAAGACUGAGUGAGGACAAAGUCAAACAGUGUGUUGACCCAAAACUCAAGGGAGAGUAUCCAGCUAAAGCGGUCGCCAAGCUGGCAGCAGUUGCAGCAUUGUGCGUGCAGUAUGAAGCUGAGUUUCGCCCGAAUAUGAGUAUUGUUGUGAAGGCGCUUCAGCCUCUGUUGAAAUCAGUUGUACCUGCUCCUGAGAUCCAGCACCCUUAAACUCCGGAAGCUCUUUGUGUUUGUUUUUUUUGUGUGUUUGCACAGUUUGGGCCUGCAUAAUGACCUUUCACUGAUCACUUCGGCACUCCCUUCGACACAAUAUUUUUAUUUUUUUUCAUUUUCCGUUUCUCUGAUUUCGAGAAAUUGUUGGAUUUGUACUUGUGAUUCCAUUUCUGGUGUUGGUAGUGAAUAUCUUUUAUAAAUCAUGACCGAAUGGAUCGAUGGAUAUGGAUUGAGUUUGUUUUUUUUUUUUUUCUUUCCCCCCGAGUCGAAAGGGUUUGUGGUUUCAGUUCUUAAACAUAUAUUUUGCUUCUUUUUAAACAAUGUGAUUUGUAUUGGUUUGUUUAAGUUCGUGCAUUCUUUGGUAAAUUUUCGACCUACCGUCUCAUUUGGGUGAUACGAACUCGUUUAAUAGGGACGAUAUAUUGUUGAUUUCGAUAUUUA